CUCCGCUUCCGGCCGGAGCGCGGGGUCGAAUGGGCGGCAGGCGGCGACGGGGACCUGAGGGCGUGUGCUGAGGUCUGGCCUGUGCCUCGCGGGGCCCGCCUCUGAGCGGCGCGGGGCGGAGGGCGGCGACCUGCAGGACGAAGAUCGUUUUAUUGAUUUUGCUCCAGAGCUGACUGGGCCUCGUUUGCCAAGGGUGGUGCUGGCGGGGUGUCCAACACAGGAGUAAAACUGUUCCUACAGCAGAGUAAUGAUGGUAGAUAUGAAGGUGGCUGACUCUUUGAGCCCUCAGAUCAGGGCUCUGUGGGAGUGCAAGGGACCUGAGAUAGAGAGUUCCAGUCACAUUAAGAAGUAUACCCCACAAACGGACAGGCUCAGUGCAGAAAGCUGUCGCGAGCACUUCCGGAACUUCCACUAUCAUGACGCCCCCGGACCUCGUGAAGUUGUUGGCCAGCUUCAGGAAUUUUGCCGUCAGUGGCUGAGGCCUGAGAUCCACUCAAAAGAGCAGAUCCUGGAACUGCUUGUGCUAGAACAGUUUGUGACCAUUCUGCCCACGGACACCCAGAGCCGGAUAAGGAAGGACCAUCUACAAAGCAUUGAGGAGGCCGUGACCCUGGUAGAACACUUGGAGAGGGAAUCUGGUCAAACGAGGAACAGGGUUGCCAUCCAAGAGCUGGGAAAGGAGGCAGUGCUCUUGAGAGAAACAGCAGAGUCCCAGCCAGUGGGCCUGGCCCAGGAUGAAGAAUUCUGGAAUACAUACCAAGGUUUGCAAGAAGAGCUGAGCGGGAACACUCAUAAAGAAUCUGAGCCUGUAUGUGAGAGGGCUGUGCCUGUUCACCAGAUCUUAGCCUUUUCUGAGAAGACAAACACCAAAGACUGGACAGUGGCACCUGAGCUCGUCUUGCCUGAGUCCCAGAGCUUGUUGACAUUUGAAGAAGUGGCCAUGUAUUUUUCCCAGGAAGAAUGGGAGUUACUGGAUCCCACUCAGAAGGCCCUCUACCAUGAUGUCAUGCGGGAAAACUAUGAGACUGUCAUCUCUCUAGCUGUGCCUGCUCACCAGAUCCUAGCUUUUCCUGAGCAGACAAUCACCAAAGACUGGACAGUGGCACCUGAGCUCGUCUUGCCUGAGUCCCAGAGCUUGUUGACAUUUGAAGAAGUGGCCAUGUAUUUUUCCCAGGAAGAAUGGGAGUUCCUGGAUCCCACUCAGGAGGCCCUCUACAAUGAUGUAAUGCGGGAAAACUAUGAGACUGUCAUCUCUCUAGGAAUAAAGCACAAAAGUGACACUGAAAACCAUCAGCCUAUAUGUGUUUCUGAUUUGGAAAUACAAGCACCAGGAGACAUAGUACCAAAAAAGGCCCGAGCAAAAGUUCCCCAGAAAACAACAGGCAAAGAAAACCAUGGUGAUACACACAGGAUGGGGAAGUGGCAUCGAGAUUUUCCUGUGAAGAAAAAAAAGAAACUUUCAAGCUGGAAACAAGAGUUGCUGAAACUUAUGGAUCUUCACAAGAAAGCCCGUGCUGGAGAGAAGCCAUUUAAGUGCCAAGAAUGUGGGAAAAGCUUCAGAGUUAGCUCUGACCUUAUUAAGCACCAAAGAAUUCACACUGAAGAGAAACCGUAUAAAUGUCAACAGUGUGAUAAGAGGUUUAGAUGGAGUUCAGAUCUUAAUAAGCACUUAACAACACAUCAAGGAAUAAAACCAUACAAAUGCUCCUGGUGUGGGAAAAGCUUCAGUCAAAAUACAAAUCUACACACACACCAAAGAACUCACACUGGAGAGAAGCCCUUUACCUGUCACGAAUGUGGAAAGAAAUUCAGUCAGAACUCCCACCUUAUUAAGCAUCGGAGAACCCACACAGGUGAGCAGCCAUAUACUUGCAGCACCUGCCGGAGAAACUUCAGCAGGCGGUCAAGCCUCCUUAGACACCAGAAACUUCACCGCUGACCGGAAGUUCAUCUUGUGUCCUCAGCAUGAAGAAAUUCACCAAGUAGAGGUUGACCUUGACAUUUAUGAAAAAAAUACAAAAUUGUGAAGCACGAGUAAUUCUUCAUCGGUGCAAAAAUUGAUAAAAACAUCUUUCACAGAAAGGAAUCAAGGUUGACUCUGCAGGGAUCUCUAUAAGUAGUUUUGUACUACUUACAUUUUUACACAUGACCUUCUGGGAAUUCCUUAGUAAGAAAGGUAUUGAAAAAAACAUUCUCAGUUAGGGAAACAUUUUGCAAUAGUAUCUGGCAAAGUAACAAAGCCAGCUUUAAUGAGCAGAUGCGCCCAUGACUCAGUCUUCUGUGAUCGCAGAGGGUAAAUUCUAUUGGUUUUGCAUUGAAUUCCCAGUCACUUUUAAACACAUAUAACAGAAACGUUUAUAGCAUGGUCUCCCAAAAGAAAAAGCAAUAACCUACUUAUUUAAUUGCCUUCAGUUGCCUUCAAGGUAGUUGACUUAACAAUUUUAAGUCCCGUGUGGGAAAAAAUGAGUUCUGUUGUCAAGUUUUCCAAGAGCUAAAUUGGAUUCUCUUCCUUUCCCCUGUCAUUGGACACUGUUCCCAAAGUUGGACAUCACUUGAGUUCCUUCCUGAACAUUUUAGCAACUUUAGCUCUUGAAUCCUUUUAGCGCCAGUUUUACUGUGAUGAAAUGCUAUUUACUUCACCACUAGUGAAUCUGCCAGGUAACUUAAUAAUGCACUAUCUUAUACCUCAUUGGUGGUGUUUGAAAAAAAGAUAAACAUCUCUAAUGAGAUCGUAUGAAAACGGGUUGGAAUGUUUAGCCAUGGAUUGUGUAUGACAUGUAAAGAUAUUUCUGCAGUGAAAUAAACUAGUCCUUUUCUUAUAAUCUCAGUAUGAUGAAGCAUAAAAAUUAGCACUUUCUUGAAGCCUAAAGAGAAUUAAUGAAAGUUCAGGAUGAACUUCUCAGGUUUUUUUAAUUUGCUCUGUAAUUUGGCUUUGGUUUUUAAGAACAAACUAGAACCAGAAUGUGUGCUGUAGGCAGGAUGUGGUUCACUGGGAAUGGCGGAAGAUAGGGUUCCCAAGAGAAAACGUUUGGGAACUGGUGCUGACUGGUGGGUAAGAAUGGGUGACUCCACAUCCACGUUGGAUGGAUGUCUUAAACUGUAAACUGUUACUAAGCAGGUGGGGUAUAUAUGUCUCUGUUUUGUGCACAGCAUCUAACAACAGCCUUGGGUGAGACAUGAUAGACGACUGAAAAUCUCUGUAGGCUGUGGAUCUUCUUAGAGCUCUUAUCUACAACAACUCUCAUGUAUUCCCAUUAGAGCUUUUAGGUGGUGUCAGGAAAGAGGUUCAAUGAUUUCUUCUAAAUACCUUAUAAAUAAGGAAGUUCGGGUUCAGAUACCCUAUGGCUAGUGGGUCUGUUGGUUGUCACUUGGUUGCAUGAGUCAGGCCUGGAGGUAGGAUUUCCAGGAUGGAUGUGUGUGUUAUCCCUCCAGGGCCAGACUGGAUGAUGUGUUGUGUCUGUUUCUAGCUUAUAAGACAUUCCUGUGGCUUGAUUCGUUACUGAAACACUUAAGUCUCCAUGUCCUCUGUGAAAGAGAGAAAACUGUGUUUCAACUCAGGGUUAUUCUGGGGAUUAGAGGGGCUGGUGAAGGAAAAGCACCCCACAGCCUGGCCAGUAGUAGAUGCUCACCGUGCAUUUCUUUCCCUUUCCCCUGCUCCCCAUGAUACGCUGGGCAUACUGACUACAUUUAGGAAGCAGGUGCAUUUAUGGCUAUUGGCGACUCCUUUCAGGAGUUGAGCGCUGCUGGUGGUGAUAGUGCUUAGCUGAUUUGGUCUUUGACUGCAGUGCUUUAUGGUUUAAGUCUCAUGAUGGUCUAGCGCCCUCAAUGAGACUUUAUUUUCUUCAAGAUGAUUCAAAUAUGAUUUCGUAAGCACGGCCAGCUCUGAAGCUCCCGUCUGCAUAGCUGUUACCCAACGCCCUCAUCCUUCGACUACUGGUACUGUGUCAUCCCGGGAUACAUGUGGACAUCUUCCUGGUGCUACAUUCAUUCACUUUGAUGGGGAUCUCUCGUGGGCCCAGGCACCGUUCUAGACUGAGAAGAUAGUAGUGAACAAAAGAGCUGGAAAUCCACUCUCACGGGACUCGUAUUCUAGUGAAGAGUAGAGAGAGUGGUUGUGGUUUUCUGCUACUUGAAGUCAGGGUCACGAGGUGGUUUUGGGUAAUGGGUUAUGAGCAGAGGCCUCACUUCUGGGCUGAAGCCUUUCAUUGUUGGUGCAAGACUCGGUAGUGCUCGUCUGCGUCGAUCAUGGAAGCCCACACAGGAAGGGGCCACAGGGUCCAAGUAGUCUGAGCGCCCCGCCCCCUGGCCCCUUGGUGAGGAGCUGUUCUGGAGCAUGGCCCAGACCUGUGAUGGACUUAAUGGGAAUGAGAAAUAAACUUUUGUUAAACCA